GGGCACAAUAUACACUAGUAUCUUAUUACAAAAUUUUCAUGUUUUCUUGCAUGCAACAGUUUGGACAGUGACAUUUUUAUAUGUGUUUUAGGUAAAUAGCAGAUUUAUUUUGGGUGAUCAGACUAUGGAAAGACGUUCUAAUUCUAGGAAAAAGAGAGAAGGGCCUAAAGAUAACUUCAUUGAUUUGGUCUUCUCCUGGUCUAUCGAUGAUAUUCUUGAUGACACUCUAUAUCAAAAUCAUGUGGAGAAGAUUCCAGAAUCAUUUGAAUUAGUGGAUCAUUACCUGGGAUCAUUUUCCUUCCCUUUACUGGAAGAAGCACGAGCAGAUAUCGCAGCAUCUUUGGAAGUCAUAAACAAAGCACCCUUCGGUGAAUUGAUCUCGUUCAAUGAAGUAGAACCAUAUGGAGAACUUCUUUUCUAUGCUAAUGUUGAUUAUUGGAGGAAUCUAUUUGGUGAUGGUAGGGAGCCUUAUCGAACAUUGCCCGGGGAUAUUGUCAUUAUCUCAGAUUCUAAACCUGAAACCGCUUCCGACCUACAGCGAGCGGGAUGGAAUUGGACAUUCGCAUCUGUAACUGAUAUCAGUGACAAUGAGAAUGAUGAUUUAAAUGCAUCCACUAAUUUUAAAGUUAAAGUUGCUAGAGAUAUUGGAACCUCUGAGGGAACGCAAAAAUUCUAUUAUGUAGUGUUUUUGGUAAAUGUGAUUCCGAGUAAGAGAGUAUGGAAUGCACUGCAAAUGAGAGAUAAUUUGAACAUCAUUAAGAAAGUUCUGUGCAGUGGGCAUGAGAAACAGGGGGAGGAUAAAUGUGACGUUUGUUCUGCAUCCAUUACUGAUGGACCUAAAGAAGAAGAUGUUAACACUCUGCUGUCUAACUUGAAUGAUUCGCAGGCUAAUGCAGUCUUGACCUCUCUUGAUACAUUGAAGUGUCACCACAAGCCUUCGGUGGAACUCAUAUGGGGUCCACCUGGUACGGGAAAGACUAAGACAACGAGUGUCAUGCUCUUCAUACUAUUGAAAAUGAAGUAUAGAACUCUUACUUGUGCCCCAACAAAUGUAGCAAUAAAAGAAGUAGCUUCACGGUUGGUUAAGCUGAUCAAAGAGUCAUUCAAAAAUCUUUCUGCGGAGAUAGAUAUUGUUUGUCCUCUGGGUGAUAUUCUCUUAUUCGGGAAUAAGGACCGGCUAAAAUUUGGUCAAGGUAUUGAGGAGAUUUACCUUGAUUAUCGUGUUGAUGGGCUGGUGGAGUGCCUUGGACCGGUGACUGGUUGGAAACACUGUAUAAGUUCCACAAGCGGGUUUCUUGAAGAUUGCAUUUCUCAGUAUCACAUAUACGUGGACAAUGAGUUGAUCAAAGUUAAGGAACUUGCUGAUCAAGGGGAAGCUCGGAAGGAAAAAGAAAAAAUCAGCUCAUUGAUUGAUUUUGCUAGAUCCCGGUUUAAUUCUACAGCUUCAUCUUUGAGAAAAUGCAUGUUAAUAUUCUGUACUCAUCUACCCUUAUGUUUUAUUAGGGAGGAGAAUUUUGAAAAAAUGGAACACCUUAUCUACAUACUUGAUUGUUUGGAGAGAAUGUUAUUUCAAGAGAAUGUUGGAUCUAAAGAAGUGAAGGAAAUAUUUUCAGGUGAAAUCUCUUCUGAGGCAUUUUUGGGUGAGUUGUCUUUACCGUGUUUGAGAAGCCAGUGCCUUGUUCUUCUGAAAGAUGUUCGCCAAUCUCUCGGUAAACUGAGUCUUCCUAGUGCAAUGGGCAUGGAGUCGAUUAGAGAGUUCUGUAUACAAAUGGCUUCCUUGGUGUUUUGUACGGCUUCUAGUUCGUAUAAGCUUCAUUCAAUGGAUAUCAAGCCAUUUAACUUAUUAGUCAUUGAUGAAGCUGCGCAAUUGAAGGAAUGUGAAUCUGUCAUACCCUUUCAACUUCAAGGUCUGAGGCAUACUGUUUUGGUAGGCGAUGAGUGUAAACUACCCGCAGCAGUUAAGAGUCGAGUUUCUGAAGAAGCUGGCUUUGGAAGGAGCCUUUUUGAAAGGCUCAGUUCGCUAUGUCAUUCUAAGCACUUGCUUAACAUACAAUACCGGAUGCAUCCGUCAAUUAGCCAAUUCCCAAAUUCAACUUUCUACCAUAAGCAAAUUCGCGAUGCCCCUGAUUUUCAGCAUAAAAUGUACGAUCUUCCAGGAAGGUGGUUCGGCCCGUAUUCCUUUAUUAAUGUUCCCAUUGGUAAAGAAGAAAUGGAUGAUGCUGGACAUAGCCGAAGAAAUAUGGUUGAGGUGGCAUUAGUGAUGAAGAUAGUGCAUAACUUGUUUAAAGUUUUUGUUGUCUUUUUCUAUACUUUGUUUGCAGCUUGGAGUGGCUCCAGGAAGAAACUCAGUGUUGGUGUCAUAUCACCUUAUGCUGCACAAGUUUUGGCCAUACAAGGUAAACUUGGGCGGAGGUUUGAUAACCUUGAUGGUUUUGAAGUUACGGUGAAGUCGGUAGAUGGAUUUCAGGGAGGGGAGAAAGAUAUCAUAAUAAUAUCUACUGUGAGAUCUAAUCGUGGUGGAUCAAUUGGUUUCUUGUCUAGUCGUCAAAGGACUAAUGUUACUUUGACCAGGGCACGACACUAUCUAUGGAUUCUUGGCAAUGAGCCAACAUUACGUCAGAGCAACUCCGUCUGGGAAGCAUUAGUUCUUGACGCCAAGGAUCGUCAGUGCUUCUUUCAUGCCGAAGAAGACAAUGAUAUGAGGAUAACAAUUUUAGAUGUUAAGAAAGAAUAUGAUCAGCUUGAUGAUUUACUUAAUGCGGAUAGUAUUCCGUUCAAAUCUGUAACACCCCAUACCUUUAACUUAAACUUUGAUCAUGAUCCUAGACUUAGAAAGUCAGAUAAAGAAUGUGAGAGUUAGAAUUUUUCUGUUCAGUUGUAAGAUGGUGGUUUACGCCCAUGAACAGUGGUCGUAUUUCAGUUUACGCCCAUGAACAGUGAUCGUAAACUGAAACCAAGAAUUUCUGAACAUUCUGGAAUUUGACAUUUUGAGGUCAUAUGGUUAAAUACGGACCGUAUUUCAGUUUACGGGCCCGUAUUUCAAACUUUAUUUGGAAUUUGGGAAAACUUCCUUGAUGAAAGUUGUAGAGCUUUGAAAUACCUUUCCAACGGUAUAUUAUGGGGGUCAAACGGACCUCUGUGCAAAGAGUUAUGACCAUUGUACUGAAGAGAGGCAGUGCAGUCCGUAAAUCAACAUACGGACCGUAAAUCAAUUUACGGCCCGUAAACUGAAAUACGUCCAGCACUGUUCAGGACGUAAACUGCAAUUUCACAGGGCAAUAUAUAUUCAUCCAUAUCAGUUCAAGUCAUUAUUUUUCAUUCCCUCAAACCCUAGAACGACCUCCUACUCUUCUCCAACAUCAAGAACACCAAGGGUUUUCAAGAAAACCCAUCUCAAGAUUCAAGAAUCAAGAUUUAGGAAAUCUUCUCCAAAAUUCAAGUCUUUAAUUCAAGUUUUGGAGCAAUUAAGGUACUGAUAUACAGGAUGACACAUCUGCUCAGUAGGACAGCAUUCGUAUCAGCUUAUUGGUGAGCCCCAUCUCAUUCGGGGUUUAGUUAACUUUUGGUUUAUGAUUAGUUAUGCAUCUAAGGUAUGCUGGGGGCCUUAUCCCAGUAAGUAUGUUUUCCAGUCAGACUCAUGAUAGAGGUUUCAUAGACUAGACAUGUCAGUUAUGUCAUGUCAGACAUUUGGAGUCGUAUAGCCAUUUUGGCUCACCCAUGUUUAAGCAAGUAUUUUAUUAAGUAUUAUGACUUACCAUGUUUUAUAAAGGCUCAUCAUGCAUUCACAUUAUAUUCCGCUUAUGUUAUGUAUCAUGAUGAUUCAGCAAGCCAUGUGGUUCGCUCGGUCACAUGCAGUCAGGCACCGAGUGUCGUGUUAUGUCCAGACCAUGGUUCGGGGCGUGACAAAGCUUGGUAUCAGAGCCUAGGUUCUAGUGUCCUUAGGGAGUCUAUGAAACCGUGUCCAGUGGGGUCACUUUUAUAUGUGUGAGGGCCCCACACAUAUAAACAGUUGACCACCAAGACAUUCAGAAUUUAUCUCAUUUCUUUCUACUCUAGAUCGUGCCAUGAAGCUUAGAGCAAUAAGUAACUUCUCUUCCUCUCGAAUUACGUAUGUUUCGAAUGCGCAGGAGAUGAACAGGUAAUUCAAGGUCCAAGUAUGGAUGUUUACCCAUAAGGGGUACAAUUGUGCAGUACUUACUGGUAAUGAAUGAGACUUCAAGUGCUAUUGAAAGUGGAAUACAAUGUAAGUUGCCCGAGAAGGGGUGUAGUGGAAUGAAUGGUAUGUUGAAUGAUAAUGAUUUUCUUGAGAAAGGAGAAUGGGAUACCACAGGGAGAGGAUAUUAGAGAAAUUAGAAAAGGAGCUAAGUCUACAGGAAACGUAAAUCAUGAAGGAUCUCAAGGAAGUGGUGGCAGACAGUUUUCUACCGGAGGUCAUCAGGACCCACUCCAUCUGCUGUUAAAGAUUGAAAGGGAAAAUAAACAGGAAAUUGUAACAUGUACAGUUUGAGUUGGACAUAUGAGGUAAGUUCAUCAUUUUUAUACUGUUGUUGAAAUUGGGAGCCUUGUGUGGCUAUGAUAUGAUAUGAUAUAUAUGUAUAUAUGUUGGCCUUGUGAGGCAUUGUUGGUAUUUCCUGCGUGCAGGUUUUUGGGAUAGUAAGAAAUACAGAGGAAACUCUGCCAAAAUUUUCCUAGAAAUAGAAGGAGAAUGAGAUAUAAGUUCGUAAUAUGUCUGGAAAAGCCAUGUCAACAGUAAUGAUAAGAUUUGACUAAGUUACGAGUACGGCUGACUUUGAGAAAUAUGAUUUGAUUUCCUAUUCAGAUGAACACCUUAAGUGGGUGACAGUUCGGACACAUUCGAAUGUAUGUUAGAAACCAAGGGCUUAAGUUAAGUUCAGAGUAAAGUGAUUAGUGGAAGAAGAAAUCAGCUAAGCCGUAAGAGUUGUCAAAAGGGGUUGACCUAAGAUUUACAAUGUGAGCAGAGUAAAGUCAUUAAGAUGGAGUAUGCCAGUUAUGAAUACAGUAGCAACCAUUCAUGUAAGUAAAUUUAGUUUUUCCCCAUGAGAAAUUGCUCAGAUGGGAGUCGAAAGAUUCAUCAAUGUUGUAAAGUACAAAGGAAUUACAGAAGAUAAGGAAUGUUAAUUGGAUCCCAUCAAAAGAGAAGAAUUUGUAAGUAUAAGACGUUAGCCUUGGUCUAAGGGGGAGAUGCAUAAAUCGCCAGUAAGUCCAGUGAGAUAAUUGAAGACCCGAAGGGUUAGUAUGAGAUAUGAAGAACCUUAAUUCAGUUAGGUUGGCAUAAUGAGAUAGUCUCCAUAGGGAGUAUGCCUAACCCGAAAUGAGUAGAAUGAUCGUCGAACGAAUCGUGUCAAGUUCAAUUACUAUCAAUUAGACGAUCACAGAAAAGCUAUAAGAUCAUGCCCAGUUAUGUGUCACAAAGGUAGUGCCAUUGCAUGAGACUCUAAUCUUUAGGGUGCUAGUCAUAGACUUAGCGCACAAUAGUACUAUGAGUAUUUUAGGAAGUAUCUAAAAUUAAGUAUGGGAAGUAUGGCUCAUGAUUUAGACAUACAAGAGAAAUAUGGUGAAAGAAGUUCACCGCUUAUCCAAGCUAGGAAUUCGACUUUCAGGCUCCGAAGUGGGUGGAGUUGUUGCCCAGAACAUGGCUUAUUCCUCCUUAGUCAUCGAAGUUAGAGAGAAGCAGUUUGGUGGUUUCUACUUGCUGCAGAUGAAAGAGGGGAUUCACGAAUAGAAAGCCUAAGCUUUUGAACAAGGGGGAGAUAAUGGUACCUUGAGAUACCGAGACAGAUUAUGCGUUCCAGAUGUAGAUGGCUCAGAGAGCUAAUUAUGUCAGAAGCUCACCAUUCUAGGUCUACCUCGUUCAGCUAGGAGGCAUGAUUUAAUUCGGGUGAUUGUGGACAGACUUACGAAGUCAGCGCACUUCUUUCCAGUUAAGACCACAGAUUGAACAGAAGAUUAUGCCAAGUCAUAGGUUAAUGAAAUUGCCAGAUUGUAUGGGACCCUAGAGUCCAUUAUUUCAGAUUAUGGUGCUCAGUUCACAGCGAACUUCUGAAAAUCCUUUCAGAAAGGAUUGGGUACCAAGGUGAACCUUAGCACAACUUUUCAUCCUCAGACAAAUGGUCAGACAAGUACGCUAUUCAGAUCUCAUGUUAUGAUAUUCAUGUCAGCUUAGUACUCAGAUAUCAGUCCAGUACUCACGUAUUCAUGCCAGUCCAGUAUUCAGCUAAUCCAGUAUUCAGUCAGCUCAGUAUUCAGCUAAUCCAGUAUUUAGUCAGCUCAGUAUUCAGCUAAUCCAGUAUUCAGUCAGCUCAGUAUUCAGCUAAUCCAGUAUUCAAUUAGCUCAGUAUUCAGUCAGCUCAGUCUUCGGUCAGUACAAUAGACAUUCAGUUUAGUAUCUCAGCAGUUUAGUAAUCUUGUAUUCAUUCAGUUCAGUAACCAUGUGUUCUUGAUUUCAAUGCUAGUAUUGGGAUGGCACUGUUUGAAACCCUUUUUGAGCGAAGGUGUAGAUCACCAAUUGGUUGGUUCGAAGUUGGUGAAGCAGAGUUGUUAGGACCAGAUUUGGUUUAUCAGGCUAUGGAGAAAGUCAAGUUAAUUUAGAAGCGUUUGAAAACGACUCAGAAUUGCCAGAAAUUUUACACAAAUGUGAGACAGAGAGAUUUAGAGUUUGAAGCUAACGACUGGGUAUUUCUUAAGCUCUCACCUAUGAAGAGUGGCAUGAGAUUUGGUAAGAAGGGGAAGUAUAGUCCCGCCAUAUUGGACCAUACAAAAUCCAAUGAAAGGUUGGUCAAUUGGCUUAUGAGCUGGAGUUUCCACAUGACUUGAUUAUUGUGCAUAUAGUGUUUCAUGUGUCCAUGUUGAGAAAGUGUGUGGGAGACCCGUUAUUGGUUGUCCAGACUGAUAGCAUAACAGUCAAUAAUAAUUUGACUUAUGAAGAAGUCCCAGUGAAAAUCCUUGAUCACCAUGUUCGCAAGUUGAGGACCGAGGAGGUAGCCUCAGUAAAGGUUUUGUGGAGGAGUCAGAAAGUUGAGGAAGCUACAUGGGAAGCCGAGGAGGAUAUGAAAUCCAUGUACCCGCACUUGUUUCAGGCCGCAGAAGAGAUUUAUGAUGAAACACCAAGAUUUUGAGGUAUGUAAGCUUUCUUUUCAUGCUUUUGGUCGUGUGUGGCCAAUUUAUAGUGCUAUUGUGAUGUAGCCCUGUGAGGCAAUGAUAUUAUGGGUUGUUGUGACAGGUUGGUAGUGCCAUAUUACAGGGGAAACUCUGGCGAAAUUUUUGUAGAAUCUUGAAUGUUAACAUUCGAGGACGGAUGUUCCAAAAGAGGGGGAGAAUGUUACACCUUGGAAAUUUCCCCGUUAGCGUACCGCGAAUAGACCCACGGAGGGUAUGACGUAUACAACAUGUUGACGAGUAAGAAGUAAUAUUUAUUGAUUCUAAAUGAGAUUUCAAAGACAUUUGAGGUAGGAGACAAAAGUUGUUAAGGAAAGCAAGGUAUAUGUUGUGUGUCGGGCAAGAAUUUCGAGUAUCGAAUUAAUUAUGGCUUAAUGACAUUUUGGAGAAGAGUUAUAAUGUCCCCUAUGUAUUCAUGCCUCACGUUUCACGUUCAAGUUCAUGUAUUCGCUAUUCAUGUCUCAUGUUUAGGCACUGAUAUUUUCAUGAAACUAUGUCAUGUCAGUUUCCAUGCCCCAUGUCAUGUUAUAUCUCAUGUUCCACGCUCAUGUCAUCUAUCCAGUGCCCAUGUCAUUGUUAUGUCUCAGUAUUCACGUUUCCAUGUAACCAUGCCAUGUUAGUUCAGUCUCCAUGUUUCAUGUCAUGUUUCCUUCACGUUCAUGUAGUCAAGCCAUGUACAGCCAUAUUCUUAACCAUGACCCAUCAUUCGGGGACGAAUGAUCCCAAGGGGGAGAUAUUGUAACACCCCAUACCUUUAACUUAAACUUUGAUCAUUAUCCUAGACUUAGAAAGUCAGAUAAAGAAUGUGAGAGUUAGAAUUUCUCUGUUCAGUUGUAAGAUGGUGGUUUACGCCCAUGAACAGUGGUCGUAUUUCAGUUUACGCCCAUGAACAGUGAUCGUAAACUGAAACCAAGAAUUUCUGAACAUUCUGGAAUUUGACAUUUUGAGGUCAUAUGGUUAAAUACGGACCGUAUUUCAGUUUACGGACCGUAUUUCCAAAUUUAUUUGGAAUUUGGGACAACUUCCUUGAUGAAAGUUGUAGAUAUUUGAAAUACCUUUCCAACGGUAUAUUAUGGGGGUCAAACGAACCUCUGUGCAAAGAGUUAUGACCAUUUUACUGAAGAGAGGCAGUGCAGUCCGUAAAUCAAAAUACGGACCGUAAAUCAAUUUACGGCCCGUAAACUGAAAUACGUCCAGCACUGUUCAGGACGUAAACUGCAAUUUCACAGAGCAGUAUAUAUUCAUCCAUAUCAGUUCAAGUCAUUAUUUUUCAUUCCCUCAAACCCUAGAACGACCUCCUACUCUCCUCCAACAUCAAGAACACCAAGGUAAGUCCACUCUAAUUAUUCCAACUCAAUUCUAACAUAUAUCCUUGUAAUCUAAGCAAGAAAUCAUCAUUCCUAAUCUAGGGUUUUCAAGAAAACCUAUCUCAAGAUUCAAGAAUCAAGAUUUAGGAAAUCUUCUCCAAAAUCCAAGUCUUUAAUUCAAGUUUUGGAGCAAUUAAGGUAUGUAGAACUUCCAUCCACAUGUGGGAAUCUCUAUGUUCUUCCCCAUGCUUCGUUUCCUUGAUAUUCAUGAAGUUCAAAUCUUAGGGAAUUAAACCAACAUAUUGGUAGCCUGUAUUUAUGUAUUUAUGUACAUGAAUUUUGUAUCUAUAUUCGUUAUUGUAUUCCUAAUCUUCCAUUACGGUUAUUAGGAACCCCAGCUUAAUCCAUGAAUCAUGAAUUCUUCCUCAUGUGUUCUCAUUAUGUUUACAUGAAACUUUAUGAUUUUAUCUAGCAAGUUACAAGCAUGUUUUUAAGUCAAUUACAUAUAUGAUUACGAACUAUUCUUAUUACUCAUGAAUCAAGAACAUGUUUGCAAGACUAUGACAAGUUAUCUUAUGGAACUAUUUUACAAGUUAUGUCAUGAAACCAUGUUUACAAGUUAUUUCAUGAAACCAUGUUUACAAGUUAUUUCAUGAAACCAUGUUUACAAGCUAUUUCAUGAAAUCAUGUUUACAAGUUAUUUCAUGAAACCAUGUUUACAAGUUAUUUCGUGAAAUCAUGAUUACAAGACAAGUACAAGUUUAUUCACGAAAAUCAUGGGCUUCUUAGCCAAUUAGAUUAUGUUCAUGUUUUUGGGAGUUGCACGAAUUACCGAGAAGGCUCAGAUAGCCUGAAACUAUGUAGCCACCAUAGGACAAGGAUCGCUCUGCCCAGUUAGGACGAUACCUUAAUUUUACACUGAAUGGAUCCAUCAGGCACGUUACCACCUUAUACCCUGGCAAGGUAUAGGGGCUCUGCUGGUCCGGCGAGGUACCAGACUCCACGUAUCCACGCGGUGAUAUCAUGUUGUCGGUUUAUGAAAUGCUCUCCCUACUUAUCAUGUUUUACUUAUGUUAUAUAUAUAUAUGUACUCAUGCUCAUGCUCAUGUUCAUGUCCAGGUUUUCAGUUUCAGUUCUUAUCAUGUUAUCUCAUGUCCCAUGUUAUUUCAUUCAGUUGCUUUACAUACCAGUACAUUCAAUGUGCCGACGUCCCCUUUUUAUUGUCCGGGGGCCUGCAUUUCACGAUGCAGGUACUGAUAUACAGGAUGACACAUCUGCUCAGUAGGACAACAUUCGUAUCAGCUUAUUGGUGAGCCCCAUCUCAUUCGGGGUUUAGUUAACUUUUGGUUUAUGAUUAGUUAUGCAUCUAAGGUAUGCUGGGGGCCUUGUCCCAGUAAGUAUGUUUUCCAGUCAGACUCAUGAUAGAGGUUUCAUAGACUAGACAAGUCAGUUAUGUCAUGUCAGACAUUUGGAGUCGUAUAGCCAUUUUGGCUCACUCAUGUUUAAACAAGUAUUUUAUUAAAUAUUAUGACUUACCAUGUUUUAUAAAGGCUCAUCAUGCAUUCACGUUAUAUUUCGCUUAUGUUAUGUAUCAUGAUGAUUCAGCAAGCCAUGUGGUUCGCUCGGUCACAUGCAGUCAGGCACCAAGUGCCGUGUUACGUCCAGGCCAUGGUUCGGGGCGUGACAAAAUCUCAGAGAUGGAAGGUACUCUUCAGUGACAAUUUUAGAAAAUCAUUUGGAAAGCUAACAUCUUCUCGCUUGAAGAAAUCUGUGAUAAAUCUUCUGGUUAAGUUGGCUGGAGGAUGGCAUCCCAAGAGAAAGAAUGUGGAUACAAUUUCCGAUAGCUCAUCUCAAAUUGUAAAACAAUUUAAGGUUGAAGGGCGUUAUGUCGUUUGCUCUGUUGAUAUUCAGAAAGAAUCCACCUAUACUCAAGUGUUGAGGGUGUGGGAUGUAUUGCCGUUGGAGGAGGUCGCAAAGUUGUUGAAACGUCUCAAUAACAUAUGUUCAAUGUACACUGAUGAAUUUAUCAAUCUUUGCAAGGAGAAAUGUCUUGAGGGGGACUUGGUAGUUCCAAAGAGUUGGAAGCUUUGUCGUGAGAUUGUUCAAUAUAAAAGCAUUACUUCGAGCAGUUUGAAUGAUGAAUCAACUGGUGCAAUAGAUGGUAGAAGUUAUGUUGAAAAUUCAAGAGUCAGCGAAAGCCUAUUGUUAAUGAAGUUUUACUGAUUAUCAUCUGGUGUUGUCUAUCAUUUGCUCUCCAAUCACCAUGGUGAAGAAUUAGAUCUCCCUUUUGAAGUUACUAAUGAAGAGAGGGAGAUAAUCCAAUUUAGUAGAAGUAGCUUUAUCCUUGGUCGCUCAGGCACGGGAAAAACAACAGUUUUGACCAUGAAGUUAUUGCAGAAGGAGCAACAACACCACAAUUGUAUUGAAGGAUUAGACAAAGCGGCGAACAAAGAAGCAAAUCAAUGUGCAGUGGCAAUAAAUGAGGAGAUUCAAUGUGUAAGAGAGGCUGGCAGGGCUACUUUGCGCCAACUUUUUGUAACAGUUAGUCCCAAACUUUGUUAUGCUGUCAAACAACAGAUUUCUCGCCUAAAAAGGUGAGAUCUAAUCUUUUUGUCACAGACUUUACUGGUAUUGCUUGCUUUAAUAAGCUACACGCUUCAUCCUUGAUGACUAAUGAACCUCUUAACUAGUUUUUUGUUUUUUUUUGUUGGGGGUUGGUGGUUUUUCCUAAAAUUACAAUGUGAGUUUAGAAUCUAUAAUGUGUUGAGACAGAAUAAUUAAAUUAGUUCUCAAAGGUGUGAUUUAGCACUCAAUGAAGCUUAAAAUAUUGACCAGGAGAGACUAGGAAAAUUCCUUAGUAGGCAAUAAGGUAAUAAA